AAAAUUUAAAAGGCAGUAGUAGUUCUCCACAUUUCAAAAUGGCAGCCAGUCGUAAUAGGUACUCAAAAUUAUUGUGGGUUUGGGUGCUUGGCGUGUUUAUAAAUUGAUCUAAUGAAUAUCUUUCAACUCUGUUUUCAAGAGUAAUUAAGUUAAUCAAAAUUUUCAUCAUAAUCCCCUUAUUCUGGUUGUGUUUGUGGUUUUGACUAGUAAAUUGAGACUAUAAGUUCGAAUUUAAUGACUGAAGUAAAAUAUUUAUUCUUCAUUUUGGAAUUGGAAGUUUUAGCAUUUAUUAGGCAAUUGUGAACUUUACUUUACUUCCAGUUUAUUUGCAAUAUGUUGAGCCUUUGUGACCGGUCUGUUCUCAACAUAUAAUGUUGAACUACUAUUGAUAGUGAGUGAAAACUAAUAUUUGUAUGUGGUUAAAGUUCGUGACAAGAUGAAUUAUUCAGUGCAAGAAUGUUGACUAGAGGAAUGUCUUAUUCUUAAUGCUCAAUGCAUCCAAUUAAUUCUUAUAAUAUUAUAACCAGAUGUGAUCAUGAUGAACCACGUUAAAAGACCUACCAAUAUCAAAUGAGCAAAUCUGAACAAGAAUUAGAGCCCGAUCAGCCUAAGGAGGAAUCUCUAGAAGAGGAUUUCCUUAGUGCAAAGAGCGAGACCAAUCAAGCAGACAGCCCCGAGCUUCCAUGCGAAGCGGGAAACAUGAUCAAAGAGAAACCUAGAGAGAAGAAGAAAUCAAGUAAUAAUAACAAUAAUGGCAAUAACAGUGUUGGAAGUACCAGCGGAGGGAGUGGCGCAUCCAAUCUGGAAAUCAAAAGCGAACCGGUUGAAAGAGACCGGGAACGCGAAAGGGAGACUGCUGAAGUUAAGGAAGAACCGGAAGAAGCUCCAGGGUCUGGCGAGAAGAGCUCCCAGCAGUCACCGGCUCCAGACGUCAAACCAUCCGACGUCUGUCUACCAGAACCAGUUAAAACGGAUGAGAGCUCCAUUAUUGAUAAUCAAGUACCCAUUAAAACACUGAAAAAUGACGAGAGUGAAGCAGAAUUUGGACCAGAGAUGGCCGAGAACGUUCUGCCGAUGUUGGGUCCUGAUCCACUCCUGGAUGGUGGGGUGCAGCCUUUGGCCAGUAAUGUGAUCAACAAGCAACCAGGCACCAUGGAGGCCCAAUACAUGCAACAACAGAGUCAGAUUUUUGUAUUCUCGACCGCCCUCGCCAACAAAUCGGCCGAAUCUGUUCUGCAAGGCCAAUAUGCUUCCAUCAUCGCCUAUCACUGCGCCCAACCUCGAACAAAAAAGUAUUUGGAGAAACACCCAUUAAAAACGAAUCAGUUCAAUCGCCAGAAUCCAACGCAGUGGUUGACCAACCUCGCACAGAUGAAACAGAAAGGCCAAGCGAAGUGCAUGGGUUUGAAUCGAGGUGUGAAGCCGAAUAAUAUGAUGAUGGAUGUUGGCCAUCCAAUGCAGGCAAUGCACAACAGAAUGCCUAUGUGGAAUCAGAGUUGUUCAGCUCCAUUAAAACCAGGACCUGUAGGAGUUGGGGGUCCUACAAUCGAUGGUCCAGGACCCCCUAUGACAGCGGGCUCUCCCAAUGCAAUAAUGAACUCAUUGUCUGAUUUCGGUGACACUGAUCCAAUGAGUGUGGGGCCUCAUCAUUCUCUUGCAGGAGUCAAAGUUCCUGAUGAGAAUUUAACACCGCAACAGAGGCAACACAGGGAAGAGCAGUUGGCCACUCUGAGGAAAAUGCAGCAGAUGCUUUUUCCAGAGAACCAUUCUCCAGGGGAGCCACCAAGUGGAGGAGGCCAACCACCUCCCUCGGGGGGACAAUCCACCGACCUAGACGAAGUGAUUCCGCUAACCUCAGAUCCCAACGACAUAGCAAUGUCGCCGCAAUGUCCCAAAGGUCAAGCUCCCAUCACAGCACAGCAGGCCGAAUGGCAGAAGAUGCAGCUGCAGUUCUAUGAAGAACGCAAGAAGAAACCGACCGAUAACCAGGCGAUGAGGAAUCGCAACCAGGGUCCACCGCCUCCCUAUCAUCCGACAACGAGAUCUGCCAGUGUUCCGGUCGCCAUGCCGAGUCCCAACCCCAGUUCACCCAAUAAUACCACUUCCAACCUGUCUCUACCCUCGCCACGAACGUGCUCCGGCCUCAACUCCCCGGCUGGCCCCGCCAGGAACCACGAGUCACCCGCCCCUCCCAGCACCUCCAACCCGGGCACUCCGCACUCCCCUCCUGCUAAGAAGGAGAAGCUCAAUGGUGACUUCUCACCUACACCCUCAAGUCAACAUUCUCCGGAUGGGAUGUUUUGUCGAUCUCUUCAAUCGUUGGCCCAAAAGCAGCAGUCGGCCCUCACAAAAGAGCCCAACCUAAUGCCCGUGCCUUCGCCACAACAAAUUCAGUAUCUGAAUGCAUUCGAAGGACAAGAACUGACCAUCCAGAAGCAGCCAAAUACAAGUUUGAAGGAACCAAAUAUGUCUCCAACGUUGCCCCCUACCAGCUUGGAAUCAGUGCUGCCAACCCCAGGCGCAGGCGCAGAAAUGUCGGUGAGCAAAGGCCCAUUGACGCCAUCUUCGCUGGUGUUCGCUGGAUCCAGUCCAAGUCCUGGAACUGACAAAUCACGCUCAGGCGCCAAGACAGAUCUCAGAUUUACAUGCAAUAGUCCACAAAUGGCUGACUCUCGCUUUCCGAUGAUGGGGUCACCAGUGCUUCCCAACAAUUUCAUGCCUCAGCAGUCGGCAAAGCUAGGUCAGCAGCCGUUUUUGGAUGUGUCGCCCAAUAGUAAACCACCGCCUGACUCGGUCAAAGAAGGUAAUUAUCAGUGUAUUGGGCCUGAUAAUGUGCCGCUCAAUCCGAACGGAAUCACAAGACUGCCUGGUGUAAACAGUGGUAAACCUGGUUCACAUUUCGAUCCAAUCACGUCUCUUGCUCAAAUGAGUCAGCAGCUCACAACAAACGUGGCGAGUUCUGCUGUCAAUCAACAGAAUAACAUGAUGCAUCCUGGAAUGAUGGGCUUUAAUCAGCCCAAUCCCAAUAUGCAUAUGAUGCAGAUGAACGACAUGAAUGCGCAUGCGCAGAUGCCUCACUCGUUCAGUCCUGGUUCUAAUGGAUCUGGCAGAAUGAUGCCUUGUCAAGGACCUAACAACUCCAUCUCACCUAAACCGGGCAUGAUGCAGCCAGGCCCUGGCCCAGGUUAUCCACCUCGGAUGAUGACUCGUCCCAAUAUGCCGCCCAACUCGUACAACGGCGCCAAUAUACAAGUGAAGCCAAGUGCCCCCAAUACUAUACAGUAUCUUCCCACUAGACCUCAGGGUCAGGUGACGGGGCCGAGAGGACCGCCCAGUCUCGACUUUCUACAGCGGUACUCAAAUCCGCUCACCAAUUUGGAUGCAAAAGUACCCACUCAUAACCUGCAGUAUUUUCCCAACAACUAUCAACAAAACAACAUCAACUCGAAUGAGAUGAUGAUGAGAGGGGGGAGGGGAGGGAUGCGCAUGCCCCCCCAAGUGAACUUUGCUGGUGAUGGAGGUGGGGGCAUGUUCCCGGGGCCAGUUCAGGGCCAGGGGCCAGUCCAGGGCCAGAUUCACCCCCCGGAUGCCAGCCAGCCCCUUCCACCGUCCAUGGGUCAGGCCAAUAACUUCAAGAACUCUUCUUUCAUCGGGCCAACCACGUCAGACCCCAACUAUGCUCAGCAGUUUCAUAAUUUCCAACAGCAGUUGUAUGCCACUAACACAAGAAGUCAGAUGAGUAAUCAAGCGGUGGGAGCAAAUCAACAGUUUUUUGUUCCUAAGUAGAAAAACGUUCAUUCGGGUGUUUUGAAGAGACAUUGCUUGAUCUUAUUACAUUUAUACAGACCAAUCAAGUAUUUGAAUAUCUAUCUUCUAUAUGAAUUAUCGAGAGUUGAUUGCCUUGAUAAUCCUACUCAUGACAAUCCUGUCUUGGAAAAAUACUGUAAUAACUUUGGAAUCAUCAAUUCUUAUUUUAUUUCAAAAUUCAAUCAAAUCUUAUUCUAAUUGAGUUUUUUAUUUUACUUUUGUAUAUGUCCUAAGAAAGUAUUUUUU